AUGGGCGAGGCGUUUGCCACAGUGUCGGAUGGAUCAUUGGACACGUCGGUGCUCUCUGGUGCGGAUGAUGACAACCUCUCUGACAUUGGGCUGGGGCGGUCGUCGGCAUCGUGGCGGGCGGUGCUUGAGAUGACGGUCUUUGAUGCCAUGUUUGCUAUUGUAUCUCGGUCGUCGUCGCAGCCGAUCUUCUCUAUUCUCGUCUUGCUCAUCGAGUUUGGGCAGAUUGCUGCAUUUGCCUUUCACAAGACGUUUGAGUGGGGCCCAUGGAGCGGAGACGUGAUGACGCCGACGCUCAACGUGGUCUCGCUGCGGCUUGUCUUUUCCUCGUUUGACGUCUUCCGGGUCGUCAACGCGUUGGUGUAUGCAGCGCUGUUGCUCGCGUGGGCCGACGCGGUGUAUGUGGGCCUCGCGCUUCGCGACUCGUCGCGGGUCCGGAUCUGGCCGCUCCGGCUUCUGCGGUAUGCGGUGGCGUUUGCAGUUACUGUGCUCUACAUUCCGAUCAUGAGCAUUUUGCUGACGCCGCUGGCAUGCGACUACGCGGUGGACCCGCCGGUCCUCUACGACUACUCGGAUACAAAGUGUGUGACGGGUGAGGUUGUAACGUACGGGGUGAUCUCUGGCGUUUUGAUGGUCAUGUUUCUGUGUGCGACGGCUGCGCUCUCACUGGUGUACUUUCACGACUCGCCCGACUCGGGCCACCUGCUUGCUCGGCCGCAUGCGCGAGUCGACUGCGCCACCCAUGUGGCCAAGUCGGUACUCCUCCUCGCGUUUGCAAUUCUGCCUAACGAGCGGACACUGCUCGGUGUGAUUCUCAUCGGGUGCACGGCGUCGAUAUUUGGCCUCCACGUCGUCUUCAUGGCGCUGUACAACACGCGGCUGCAAGUUGCGCGGACAGGUGGCUUUCUGGCACUUACGUGGCUGGCAUCAAUGGCGCUAGGCACGGUGGGUGGGAACGGGGAGGAUAGUAACUCGAACGCCAUGUUUGUGGCGGCGUUGGCCGGCGUGCCGGUCUUUGCUGUGCUUGGCGCGGCGAUCGGCGGCUGGCGGUUGAUGUAUGUCCGCCGGCGACACGCGCUCAACGCUGUUGUACCACUCUCGCGUGAGGGCAAGAAGCUUCGCAAGUUCCACCUUGUGACCGAUGUCGAGCUUGUGGCGCGGGCGCUGAUCGAGUCUGCCAACGUCGAUGCGGCCAACACGGUCUUUCGCGCGGGUUUUGAGCAGUUUCCCGACUCGGUCUUUCUCCUGCUCUGCUACGUGCGAUUUCUGGCGAGCGUGGGAAAUACUGCGAUGGCACACGCGUACCUGGACCAGUCGCUCGCGUUGCCCGCACGGGUUGAUCUCCGGUUCUUGCGAUACCGCAAGCUGCGGGAGGUGGAGCAGGCGCAACUUGCACGCGGGCUAACGACCGGCACGAUGGAUCUCAUCUCGUAUGUGCAGUUUGAGACAAUGCUACGGACAGCGCGGUCGCACCACAACGCAGCCAUUCGGUCACUGGCCAACUUUUGGCGGACGCUGCUGAGGUCUGACCGCGCGUUUCUGGAGCGGUCAGCCAAACUCAUUGCACGGAUCGAUGAGUCGGAGCGUUCGGCUAACAACUACUACCGUCAGCUUGUUCGCAAGUACCCGAACACACCUGGUCUACUUGUUUCGUACGCUACGUUCCUUGACCAAGUCUCGAACCGGCCGAUCCUCGCCGAGCGGUUCCUCCGCAAGGCGCGGCGUGUAGCUAUGGCGACAGCGACCGAUGAGGGCGGUGGUGGUGGCGCAGGCGCGGGUGCUGGCGGGACAGGGGGCGUGGGCGGGCCGGACGACACCGGAGCGAUGGCGCUUGUCAACGGGGCGAUUGACGCGAUUGUGACGCUCUCGGAGGGUGGCGGCAUUGCAUCGGUCAACAGCCACGCGCGCAAGCUCCUCGGGUACGACAACUCCAAGACGGCCAAAGUCGCCCUCCGAGGCGAACCGUUCAUGACAACUCUCCUCAUGCCACCAUUCUCUGACUGGCAGGACGCGCUGCUCGGCUCUGCGUCGUCGCUGACGCGAACCUUUGUGUUUGACAUGAAGUGUGCGGACCGGAGCCGGAAGCGUGUGGCGUUGUCGCUGGUACGGACACGUGCACGGGCUGCACAGUACAUUGCGGUGAUGCGACCGCUGCCCGAGGCCGACACGCGUGUGGCGGUUUAUUGCCUUCGUGGCGGUGCCGUGGUGGGUGUCUCGGGCAAGCCAGAGCAGCUGCUGGGGAUCCACUCUGACGCGUUGAUGGGUACACACAUCAUGGCGCUGUUCCCGUCAUCAGGCCCGGGCGUCCAGGCGGCGUCAGGCUCGGUCGCCAACUGGCUGUCGACGAUGUCUGCGACGGCGUCGACGUACGAGGCGCACACCCGGCUUGUGCGCAACGGCAAAGGCGAGCAAGUGCCGGUGGUAGUUACCGGGCUCUUUCUCGGUGGCUCUGGGCAUGACUCGAUCGGCAUGCUUGUGCUCAACACGGUCUCGGCCUUUUCGAUGGAAGUGGUCAUUUCGCCAGCUGGGCAUAUUCUCUCAACAACAAGCGGCACAACCGAGGCUCUGUUUGGCGUCUCGGAGCACUCUAUUCUUGGGCUGGGGCUUGGCGAGCUGUUUGCGCUUAAUGGCGGCGACGGUGACGAGGGUGCGGAAAAUGGAGUUGGGCUCGACGGCAGCGAGACCGUGGCGAGCGGUGGUGGGGCCGGUGAAGAGACCAACAUGGUGGCGUCGACCAUUGUUCACGCCACAUUUGGCAGAGCGCUUCGGCUGGUGCAGAACGUGUCCAUGGCCGGGCCUCAAGCCACGCCAGCCGAUCAUCUCUCGCUUUGGUUCAAGAGCCAGGAUGAGGCGAGUUUGGUGUACUCGAUUGCCAAAGAGCAUAGCGAUGAUGUCGGAUCGCACGUUCCGGUGAUGCUGGUCCCGCUCCCGCUUCUUGAGGAGGCUGACCGUGGCGAGGCGCUGUGCAUGAUGCAGACGCACCCGCAUGUGACAUCGCGCGUCUCGCUCCCGGUCAUUGCGGUGGGGUACGUGGAAGAGUCGGGAACCAUCCGGUUGCUCAUGAUUCCGCUCGCGCCACAGGAUGGCGAUGCCGCGUUGACUCCGUCUUCGUCGCUCACUGGCCAGUCUUCCAUCGGCCGAAUGCCGAGCGGAACGAGCAAACAGAGCUCGGGCCGGAUGAGCUCGGGUCGUCAGACCAGCGGACGGAUGCCGCGGGUGGGGCCGUCGAUGUCCUCGCUGCGGGCCGGGAACAGGAGCCCUGGUAGCCGCGUUGCGCCGCCGCGCUCAACGUUGGCGCUAGCGUCGCCGUUUGACUCUGUGGGUGCGUCAGCCAGUGGUGCGGAGCUUUCGGAUGAGCGGUCGCUGUUUGUGGCGUCGCGCGAUGACGAGCCGCCGUCGCCGACGACCCGCUCGGCAUUCGACGAGACCUCGGACGUAUUAUUGGGUGAGCGAUCGGGUCGUCGUAAGCGGUCGACGUCGCGGGCGUCGGUGUCGUCGGUGAUGACAGGGUGGCCGCGACAGCAGCGGCGACGGUCGAUGCUGGCGCCAUCGACGCUGGUGAGGGGCGCAGCGCCGGGAGAAUUGCGACGGAGUGGGCUGCCACCACGAUCGCGAUCAUCAUCGCGGCAGACGGGAGUGCGGCCGAGGACGCCACCACGGUCGCGCAAAGCUUCCAAGAAUACGCAUCGGCGGAAGCACUCGCGGUCGCGGUCGCGAUCACGGUCACAGUCACGGUCACGGUCGCGGACGACUCGACGUGGCUCGGUCACUUUGCAGAGCCUUGAAGCGUUAGUAGACGUGGCGAUGGAGGCCGAGAGUGGGCACGGAUCUGCCGGCGGCAGCGCACGUGAAUCCCGCAGACGAGGUCGCGACGUCGAUGAGGUGGCCACCGACGUUGGAGCACUGGCAGAUGAGACCAGACUAGUGUCCACGGAGGAGCAUGCCAUGGUGACGAGCGCGCGAGCUCGGCUUGCGGCGCGGCGCCGAGUUGCGCAGCAGGCCGACUCGGACGUGGCAACGUCGCUGCGGGCGAUCCGGUCCAAGACGGAGCACUCGAUUUCUCAGCUCGGCAAGCGUGUGGCGGCCUUUGCGAUUAUUUUGGCUCUACUUUGCCUCUCUGUGUUUGUGGCGUCGUCGAUUUUGCUCGACCAGGCGCGCGAGCAGCCGCAGCGAGCGCAGGGAGCGGCGAUGCGUGUUGCGGGACUUGCGCGGACAGUUGGCGCGGUCGAGGCGGUUUACUUGCUCGAGCGGGCGGACACGCUGUGGGCCAACGGGUCUGUGCUCGCGGAGCCGGAGCUGCGAGAGCUCAACUCUUUGCUGCUCGGCGGGCAAGAGUCAUUUGCAUCUGAGGCUAGCGUCCAGACGACGAUGGCGCGGCUGGUGGACGAAAUUGGGGUCGGACUGGAGGCGAUGCUGUACGGGCACGGGAUGCUAGCAUCUACAGAAGGUCUUCAUGAUCCGCAGGCCAAGAUUGCGAGCUUGCAUGAGGGCGCGGCACAAGUCGAACUUUACCACUUUGAAGGGUUCGGCGAGGUGGCUGCGACGUGGCCGUCCAGCAUCAACCUGGGUGCCCGAGUCCGUGGCGAUCCGUACAAUGUACGCGAAGCGCUCCAUGUCGUCCGCGACGCGGCCGUGUCGUACGCUAGUUACAUCCGCCGCAAGCUGCAGCUUCCGAUGGCGACUGUGGGAAGCAACACAAGUGCCACAGCUGAGCCUGCUGCUUGGGCUAGCUCUGUGACAGAUCCUGUCGACGACGCGCUGUUUGUGUUGUACAAUGGGCGGCAAUCGCUGCGGGUGGCACUUGAGGCUGCGGUGGAGGUUGAGCAGGAGGUAGCGAGCCAGACGAACGCGCGGUCGCUGGUGGUACUUUGCGCGCUAACGGGUGCGAUGGUGGCAAUCCAUGUUGCGGCGGUGUUUGUCAUUGUGCGGCCGUCGUUGCGAGCGGCGUCGAAGCGACGGUGGGCGACGAUUUCCGUGUUUCUGGCAAUUCCCAAGACUGCGGUGGCUCGUCUGAUGCGCGGCGGCGUGUACGCAAGCACGAGUGCCGGGGAAAUGGCACGCAGUGGUGGUGGGACAGCCGGCGUGCCGUUCGACAGCGGCGAGGGCGACAUUGACGGCCCGAAGCCACAGCUCUCCCUCCUCAAAGCAAUGUCUCUCUCAGAUGACUGUCUUGCAUCAUCGGUUGGAGGCUAUCAAUUUGCGGACAUACCCAAAGUCAAGCCGCGAAUGACACCACUAGGCUCACCAAACGUCCAAGUGUACUCAAUCCCCAACAAGCACGGACAAGGAGCACCGGUUGGGCGCAAGACGGUCGCGGAGCUGCAAACGAAGGCGCGGUCGCGGUCGCGGUCGCAGUCACUGAACCAACAAGAGCUUAACGACUCGCGGGAUGGAGUUGUUGGGCUUUCGCAGACGACGCACCUCGCAGAGGGAUCAUCACAGGCUACGACGUCGCCAGCCGUCAACAUGGUGCCGCCAUCAGCGGCGUCAGGCUCAUACGACGCAGCCAACACUUCGGUCAGAUCGCAAUCGUCACUUGCUACAACUAGUGACGCAGAGACGCCGGCGGAGAUCGGAGAGUCACGCGGCAUGCCCAAGAUAGUGAGUGGCCAGCCUUCGGCGUCGUCGUCAUCGCCAUCGUCGUCAUCAUCAUCGUCGUCGAUGGAGUCAUCGUGUGUGGCGAGCCCAGAUGAUUCUGGACCGACGCCAAGUGGCCCAGUCAACAACGCCGCAAGUUCGUCCUCGUGCGACGGACUUGUCCAGCAUGACUCGAUUGUGAUUGUGCGUGCUCCGCGGGUGCGGCUGAAGCGGGCGACAUCGUACGGAGAAGAUGAGCAGCACGAGGAGGUUGAAGGCAACGAAGGGGCCGAUCGACUUGGCAACGACUCGCUCGGCCUCGCCGAUGCCGGGGUGAGCAUCAUUAUGAACGAGGCAAGUAUGGAGCUGGGUGCGGGCGUGAUGGACUCACAUGUGUUAAGAGACAUGGGAACGCUUGCGCCACGGCGCGUCGGAUUUCUCUCAAACCAAGAGCUCAGUACGGUUCGGAGCAAGAGCUCACCAGAAAAGAGCGAUGCGUACAACUCGCGGUUGGCGAGUAUGCAGUCUGGGUCGGCGACUGAGCUCGCAUGGCGAAAGACGGUCGGGCAGCAGCGGGCGCGGACAGCAAUGCAGCGGGACGAUGUGGAGGUCCGGCAGCGAUGGGUGUUGUGGGGCAUGAUGGGUCUUGUUGUGGUCCUCGCGUUCUCCCUCCUCGCGCUUGUCGAGCUGCAGUACAUGGUGAACGUGUCAUCAAUUGUGGCGGUGGCCGGGUCACGGAUGGCGCUCAACGAGGACAUUUUCACGUUUGGCCUGGAGAUGAACAUGAUGGAGAGCACCAAGUUGGGCGCAUUUACGCGGGCUGUUGUUCCAUUUGCAGCAGUGCCGUGGGACGAUGUGCUCGCACGGCCGACUGUGGCGACGGUCCGGUUCCGGGCACACGGAAGUGGUACAAGCGCGCGAGAACGACUCGGGCAAUCGUUGCAGCGGAUGCGCGACGCGCAGCAAACGAUCACGCUCCGCAAGCGAAACAACUUUGAUGUCCCACCACAAGACAAGCUGGAAAAGAGCGGAGCAUGCCUCGUUGUGGACGCGCCGUGUCGAACUCCAGGCGAGCCACUGUUUGAGAUGGUGGCCAACGGGCUAGCGCAUAUGCUGCUGGAGCUGGUACGGGUUGGGCGCGAGCUGGUCCGGGCGAGCGCGUCGCGCCUAGGGCCAGCCGUGGCAGAGCUGGGGGUCAUCACCAGCGUGUGUCCACGCGAGGGCCGCAGCGGGACGGCACUUUCUGUCCAGUUAUAUGCCGACGCAGACGACAUUCGAGUUCUGCUCUGGUGGAUUCCACUUGUGGCGCUCCUGCUCCAGCUUGUGGUGUUUGGCACGUUCAUGUUGGUCGUCCUCGUUCCGAUGAUCCAGACACUAAGGGCUGGCAACCGACGCACGCUAUUUAUGCUCGGACUCCUUCCGCACGAAGUCGUCCUGGCAGUACCAGAGGUUGCAGCAUUUUUCUCGCUAGAUCGAGAGUACGCUUAG